AUGCUCCUCCAAAUGCGCGGCCUCCCCGCCGCUCCUUCCCGCCCACUCGCCCACCCCCACGUCUCCGCCGCGCCGCCGCCCACCCAUCACGGUCUCCGGCGCCGCCCUCUAUCUCGGCGACUCUCCAAGGUCGUGUCCUACUACGGCCUCACGACUCCGCCGUACAAAACUGAUGCUCUCGAACCUUACAUGAGCAAGAGGGUCGUCGAGCUUCACUGGGGCAAGCACCAGCAGGAUUACGUGGACGGCUUGAACAAGCAGCUCGACACCAGCCCCUUCUACGGCCACACUCUGGAGGAUAUGGUCAAGGAGGCCUACAACAACGGCAACCCGUUGCCGGAGUACAACAAUGCUGCACAGGUCUGGAACCACCACUUUUUCUGGGAAUCAAUGCAGCCGGGAGGCGGUGGCUCGCCUGAGGCUGGUGUGCUGCAGCAGAUUGAGAAGGAUUUCGGCUCGUUUGCUAAUUUCAGGGAAGAGUUUAUGCUCUCGGCGUUAUCCCUACUGGGGUCUGGAUGGGUUUGGCUUGUCUUGAAGAGAAACGAGAGGAAACUCUCGGUAGUUAACACACGAAAUGCCAUCAACCCACUUGCUUUUGGAGACAUCCCAAUCAUCAGCCUUGACUUGUGGGAGCAUGCUUACUACUUAGAUUACAAGGAUGACAGGCGAGCAUACGUGUCAAACUUCAUGGACCAUCUUGUCUCUUGGCAUACUGUCACUCUACGCAUGAUGCGUGCGGAGGCUUUUGUUAACCUUGGUGAACCAAAUAUCCCAGUGGCAUGAGAUGAUAUGGAUAUGACCUGGAGUUGUCUCCGCAUAUGUCGUCAUCACGAGGGUUGCCAAGGGAAAUCCUGACCCAAAUCCAACUGGAGGAGGCGGAGAGUUGUGAAGGCGGCGUGAUGUGUGGCCUCAUGCAACACACGGUGGACAAGCAAUCUGCUUGAAGAUAAACGGCUGGGGUUUUGUCAUUGUUCUCGAUUGUUUGUGCAAAGAAGACAUCUCCCAGUUUCAAGUCACCCUAUAAAGCAGAGAUGGACGCUUCGGAGCAUGUAGGUAGACUUUGUAGUGUGGGCUAUCGGCCUAACUUGUGCUUGAAGCCACGGAAUGUUCUGUAAACCUUUACGCUUCAGAAGAGGCUCCCCUAGUGCUGUUAACAAGAGUCCCUAGUUUCCACAACCCGCAGCCGUAGUUUCAUCAUUCUGUUGUAACAGAAUUCAACCCCUUGUGCACCAAGGCAUGCUCACAUGGAUAUUAUGUCUUGCUCAGAAUCUUUUCGACCCUUUGCA